AUGCAAAACCAGGGCUACCAGCAGGGCUAUCAGCAAAACUCCCAGCCCCAGCAGUGGCAGUACACCCAGCAGCAGAACAAGUACUCCCCGGCUGAAGCCCAGGCCUGGCACACCUGCAUCGACCACCUCCUGGACCAGUUCAACUCGGGCAACACCGGCACCUCUUUCUCCUGCUCCACUUUCAGAUGUCUCGAGAGCAUCGCCAACCAGUACAGCCGUGGAGGUACCCUGGCUGGCCUCGGAAACGUUGUUAGCGCAGCUUGCACUUUUGGAAACAUUGUUCCUAAAUGGUUGUAA